GGGGGGGAAGAUGAUCAACAUCCCAGCUACUACUCGUAUGCAGGUGGUAUCUGUCACCGUCUCCCGGGCCCCUCCCUUUCUGACGUGGACGGCUAUGACGAAACGGCAGCGCUCAGGGGGGGGACCAAAGGGGAAGGAUCAAUAGGCGGGUCAAGCAUGAUAGCCAAAUGCAGCAGCGUGGCGGGCCCUCUUCCAAUGGCGACCGAAUGCUGCGCUCGCCUGGAGCAUUCCAAAUACCUAUUCCAAAAGCACACCCUAUCUUGACCUCAUCCCUGGGCUUGGAAGCUGUCAGAGUGUAUCAUAUAUAAGGGUUCCCUCGACAUCCAAAAUCGCAACUCCUCCAUCAUCCCACAAAGCAACCAGCACCUCGUCUCUUCAAGCUUUUACUCAACAGUUCAACGUUUUCAAACCCCCCCAAACCCCCUCAUUCACCAACACCACCACCACCACCACCAUGCCUGAAUACAAGGGAGUCUGCCACUGCGGUGCCACCGAGUGGACCGUCGAAAUCCCCGAGGAGAAGCACAUUCUCUGCCACUGCGGCGCCUGCAAGCUGAUGGGCGGCGGCGAGUUCACCUUGAACCAAAUCAUUCCCAAGUCCAACUUCCACCUGACCAAGGGGGAUCUGAAGGUGUAUUCCUACAAGGGCGAUUCGGGCAACUCGGUUGAUUGCUACAUGUGCCCCAACUGCGCGUGCUCGCCCUACCACCACCAGCAUGUCAUGGGCGAGGAGACCAUCGUCAUCCGAACGGGCCUGUUGAAGGGGUCCGAGAAAUGGGGCAAGCCCGCCGCCGAGAUCUACGACAAGGAUCGGGCCUCGUGGCUUCCUCAGACCGGAGAUGCCAGCUUCCCAACUGUGCCUCCUUCGUAGGGACAACAAAAGACAGAGGCCGUUACGUUUUGGCAUCUUGCGGUCGUCUUGUUCUCCUCCAGCCACGCUCCACAUCCACAGCCCAGACGAAGAGCGGGGGUAUGUUAUUGAAAGCGGUAAUGCCAAGUUGCGCCGGGAGGAAAUGGAAUGUGUUAUACGCCCACAGCACGAUCCGGAGUCGUUCGGUAGGAGAUGGAGGAAGUUAGGAAAGGGAGCCUCAUGCCGUUUUUAUAUUAUAUACCAAAUAUGAAGCAUGAAGCAUGAAGCACGAAAUAUAU